AUUCUCACCCCAUUGUGGCCCAGAGCAGCCGGCAGACGCGACUGGAGGCUGCCGCGGACGGGUCGGGCCGCUGAAGUUUUUCUAUUGUGAUUUAUCAUGGAAAAUCAAUUGGCUAAAUCAACUGAAGAGCGAACAUUUCAGUACCAGGAUACUCUUCCACCACUACCUGUUCCUUCACUUGAAGAAUCAUUAAAAAAGUACCUUGAAUCAGUAAAGCCAUUUGCAAAUGAAGAGGAAUACAAGAAAACUGAUGAAAUAGUUCAAAAAUUUCAAAAUGGAAUUGGAAAAAUAUUGCAGCAGAAAUUACUUGAAAGGGCAAAAGGAAAAAGAAAUUGGCUGGAAGAGUGGUGGCUGAAUGUUGCCUAUCUGGAUGUUCGUAUACCAUCACAACUGAAUGUCAACUUUGCGGGUCCUGCAGCUCAUUUUGAACACUAUUGGCCUCCAAAGGAAGGCACUCAAUUAGAAAGAGGAAGUAUAAUUCUUUGGCAUAACUUUAACUACUGGCAGUUAUUAAGAAAAGAAAAAGUGCCUGUUCAUAAAGCUGGAAAUACUCCUCUAGAUAUGAAUCAAUUCCGAAUGCUGUUUUCUACUUGCAAAGUUCCAGGAAUUACUAGAGACUCAAUCAUUAAUUAUUUUAGGACUGAGAGUGAAGGGUGUUCCCCAAAUCACAUUGCAGUGCUGUGUCGAGGCCGAGUUUUUGUCUUUGAUGUAAUUCAUGAAGGAUGUUUGAUCACCCCACCGGAGCUUCUCAGACAGUUGACAUACAUCCAGAAGAAGUGCCAUAGUGAACCUGAUGGACCUGGGGUAGCAGUAUUAACUAGCGAGGAGCGAACUCGAUGGGCUAAGGCUCGGGAGUAUCUGAUUGGUCUUGAUCCAGAGAAUUUUAAUAUGUUAGAAAAAAUUCAGAGUAGUUUACUGGUUUACUCCCUGGAGGAUGGCAGUCCACACGUAACACCAGAAGAUUAUUCUCAGAUAACUGCAAUGGUCCUUAUUGGAGAUCCAACAGUACGCUGGGGUGACAAAUCCUAUAACUUGAUAUCCUUUUCUAAUGGAGUAUUUGGCUGUAGUUGUGAUCAUGCUCCUUUUGAUGGAAUGGUUAUGGUGAAUGUCAGCCAUUAUGUGGAUGAGAAAAUACUUGAGAAUGAAGGAAGAUGGAAGGGUACAGAAAAACUACGAGAUGUACCACUUCCAGAGGAGCUUGUUUUCACAGUGGAUGAAAAAGUAUUAACUGACAUCAGCCAAGCUAAAGCCCAAUAUCUCAAAGAGGCAUCUGAUCUACAAAUAGUGGCCUGUGCUUUUACAUCUUUUGGCAAAAAGCUUACCAAGAAGCGGCAGCUUCACCCUGAUACGUUUAUUCAGCUUGCACUUCAGCUGGCCUAUUACAGACUUCAUGGACGCCCUGGUUGUUGCUAUGAAACAGCUAUGACAAGAUAUUUUUAUCAUGGCCGCACAGAGACUAUGCGACCAUGCACAGUUGAAGCAGUCAGGUGGUGCCAGUCCAUGCAGGAUCCUUCUUCCAGCCUUCAUGAGCGGCAGCAAAAGAUGUUACAAGCUUUUGCAAAGCAUAAUAAAAUGAUGAAAGAUUGUUCAGCUGGAAAAGGAUUUGACCGUCACCUUUUAGGUCUCUUACUCAUAGCAAAAGAGGAAGGUCUCCCUGUUCCAGAACUCUUUACAGACCCACUUUUUUCCAAAAGUGGAGGAGGUGGAAAUUUUGUUCUCUCAACAAGUCUGGUUGGUUAUUUACGAGUCCAGGGAGUGGUGGUUCCCAUGGUACAUAAUGGAUAUGGAGUUUUCUACCACAUCAGAGAUGACAGGUUUGUUGUAGCCUGUUCAGCCUGGAAAUCAUGUCUGGAGACUGAUGCAGAAAAGCUGGUUCAGCUGAGUUUUUGUGCUUUCCAUGAAAUGAUACAGCUGAUGAACCCUGCUCAUCUUUAGAGACUAAUCAUUUAUUAAUCACUUACGAAAAUAUAUCAUGAAAUUGGGUGCUGAGAGUGAGUUGGUGAUGUGAGAUGGGAAGGAAUGGUGAUUUGUUAACAAGUCAAAGAAAACUUGUUAAUUGUAGGAAUCAUGCUAUCUAAAUUGAUUCUGCCACAGAAAGUAGAAUAUUUUUAAGCUUCCUCUGAUGCAGCAUCAAUGUAAAUUAAGAUAUACUGAAUAUAGUGCUAUGCAAUGUUUAAGAUAAGCCUCAACAAUGCAAACGUACGAAUUUUAACAAAAUCUUACUCUAAUUUUUAAAUAUUUUGUUGGUACUUGUAUAGGUUUUAAAUCUUCUCUAAGUAUCAAUGUGGAGUUCAUCUUCAAGCACUUUAACACUUUAUAGUUGCCAAAGAAUAUGAAAUACAUGAUUGGAUGCUAAUUUCCUUGAAAUCAAUGCCUUCUUCUUUCACCACAGGGAUACAAGCCUAUUAUGUUUGAUGGGAAAGACCACUACAAUUUAUUGGUGAUCUAAAAUAAUACUCUUGGACAGAAGAAUUAGGUUGCCGUAGGGAAAUUUACAUGCGCUAACACACACACAAAAAAACUAACAGUUCAUUAUGGUAUAUUGUAAUUAGUUUUGUGAAUAGAAAACAUUUAUAUUUAAAAUUGUUAUAGUAAUUUUUAAAGGGGUUAAUGUUGAAUCAGAUUCUCAGGAUUUCAGAGUUGGUUUUUUCUUCUUGCUGUUAAAUUUUGUGGUUUCUACUGAGAAAAUAAAACUCCCAAAAUCAUAGCUUGUUUUGUUUGAAUAAAUGAUUCAUUCCUGUUUGCUUUCCUUAUACUUUCUGAUCUCAAUCAUAUUUUCGUGUGCAAUAAACCACUCAGAACUUAGUGUCUUACAACAAUUUAUUAUUUCUCAUGGUCUUAACAGUUGAUUAUGCCCUGCUAGACAGUUCUGCUGGCCUUGCCUGAGUUUAUUUAUACAACUGUAAUCAUGUUGGUAGCUAAGAUGACCUCACCUGUUGUCUGGGGACUCUGUCUCCUCACAUGGUCUCUGAUUAUUCAGUAUUCAAGAUAGGGCUUUCUUACUUGAUGUUAGGAAUGUUCUAAGAGGUGAGGGGAAUUGCAAGGUCUCUUGAGGCCUAGGCUCUCUGAAGUCAUUUAAUGUUACUUCUGUGUUCUGUUGAGUAAAACAAGUCACAGGGAAGUCCAGAGUGAGGGGGUGGGUUUUAAAGGCUGCAUUUCUUCAUAAGAGGAACCAUCACUUUUUCUUUUUUCUUUUUUUUUUCUUGUAGAGACAGAGUCUCACUGUACCGCCCUCGGGUAGAGUGCCAUGAC